CACAUCAUUGCACUUUCCAUUUCAGCAUGUUGCGCACGUCGCUCGGCCACCUCACGCUCGAUACGUGCAUCUACAACGCCAGCGGUCCGCGCACGGGGUCCACGGACGCACUCGCCAAGAUCGCAUCGUCGGCCGCCGGCGCCGUCCUUGCCAAGAGCGCGACGGUCGACGAGCAGAGUGGCAACGACCUGCCCCGCACGUGGCAAGCCGACAAGGUCGCGAGCCUCAACUCGGAGGGCCUGCCGAACAAGGGCAUUGGCUACUACCUCGCACGUGACGCGAUUGCGUCGGCGAAGGGCAAGCCGUACCUCGUCUCGCUCUCGGGACACAACUUGGCCGACAAUUUGCGCAUGCUCUCGGAGGCCGUUGCCACCGACGGCGUCGACGGCAUCGAGCUCAACCUCGCGUGCCCCAACGUGAUCGGCCACCCGAUCAUCGCGUACGAUUUCGACCAGCUCCGCGAUGUGCUCACGGCCGUCCAAGCCCAUCCCGGCCUCGCCGCGUCCAAGAAGCUCUUUGGCAUCAAGCUGCCGCCGUACUUUGACGGCCCGCACUUUGAGAAGGCCGCCGCCAUCAUCAACGACUUUAGCUGCGUGCACUUUGUCGCGUCCAUCAACACGAUCGGAAAUGCCCUCGUGAUCGAUACCGAGGCCGAGAUGCCGGCGAUCCGCCCCAAGAACGGCUUUGGCGGCCUCUCGGGCCCCGCGGUCAAGUACACGGCGCUCGCCAACGUCAAGAAAAUGCGCGACCUUCUGCACCAGCGCAUCGCAGUCGUCGGCGUCGGCGGCAUUGAGAGCGGCGAAGAUGUCUUCAACAUGCUCCUUUGCGGCGCGCAGGCCGUCCAAAUCGGCACGUGCCACUGGAUCGAAGGCCCCAAGUGCUUUGACCGCAUUGCGUCCGAAUUGGAGGCGAUCUUGCGCCGGAAGGGCUACGCCAACGUCGAUGCGGUCCGCGGGCAGUUGAAAGAGUGGUCCAAGGAAGGCGCCGCCAAAAGCCGCGCGGCGCGCACAGCGACGGCCCCGAGCGCUGCGACGACGACGACGACGACGACGACAUCGUCGUCUUCGGGGAUGGACCCGUCGUUGCUGCGGCUCGUGAUUGUCGGUCUCCUUGCCGUCAUUCUGGGCCUUUUGAGCGAAAAGUACGCUCUGACCAAGGCGUCGUAAACACGAUCGUUGAAGAGAUUUGUGGUGUCAAAAUUGGGCACCUCCUCAUUGG